CCUCAGCCAUUUCCGGCUCCCCCUAAGCCACAGCCACUCUGUGAGAGGAAGCUGGGGUUUGUGGUUCCUGUUUUGCCUAGGGACAAAGAGUAGGAGUGAAGAGGGGCUGGUAAGAGCUUUGGCUUCUCAUUUCAGGGUCAUUAAUGCUUCCUCAAAGGGAAGAAGGGGCUGGAUUGGUGGCCCCAGUGCCCAUUCCCUCAUCCGUAGUCAUUCUUGCGAAACAAAACUUGGCUAAGCUUUGUAUUGUGGUUAUUUGUGUCUACCUCCCACCCUCCUGUGAGUUCCUUGAAGGCACAGGCCAUGUAUGACAUGUUGCUCAGUUUGUCCCACAUGGGUAGUAGGACACCAUUUUUCACUGGUUGAGUAACCUGGGAAGCAGACCAAAGGGGGCACAUUUCAAAGAGCAAUCUGAGGACUUGGUGGUGAGAAAGAGCUGGUAGAAGUGGGCACCAGCUGGUGGAAGCCCAUAGAAGAGAUUAGCAGGGGAAGGACUCACUGAAGAACAUUCAGGAUGCUGCUUUACCACCUAGAGAAAGUUUUAAACCAGCGGUUCCAGGGUUCUCCCGGCCUCUCUCUGACCCCCGCCCCGAGGCUGGGAAAGCCUGAAGCCAAGACAGAGAGAGGACCCGGAAGUUGUGGUGACCUCCAAGCACGUGAUGAAAGCACCGCGGAUGCUGUCACGUGACCCGCCAACCUGCGGUACCUCGGGGCCGAACUUGCAGCUGCUCUUAAAGACCCUCACCCGCCCGGUCGGAGCCAAUUCUGGACUCUCGCAGACUUUGAACCCUUCACGGGACCUGAACUUGAUGCCAUGGGAGGCUGUGCGGGCUCGCGGCGGCGCCUUUUGGAUUCCGAGGGGGAGGAGACCACCCCGGAACCUCUGCCCCCUCUGCUGGACCGUCGGGGCGCCCUUUGGAGGAACAUGAUGGGUUUCUGGCUCCUGGGCCUUUGCAACAACUUCUCUUACGUGGUGAUGCUCAGUGCUGCCCAUGACAUCCUUAGCCACCAGAGGGCAUCUGGGAACCAGAGCCAUGUGGACCCAGACCCACCGCCCACCCCCCACAAUAGCUCAUCUCGAUUUGACUGCAACUCUGUCUCCACGGCUGCCGUGCUCCUGGCAGAUAUCCUCCCCACCCUCGUCAUCAAAUUGCUGGCUCCUCUUGGUCUGCAUCUGCUACCGUACAGCCCUCGGGUUCUCGUCAGUGGGGUUUGUGCUGCUGGGAGCUUCAUCCUGGUGGCCUUUUCUCAUUCAGUGGGGACCAGCCUAUGUGGUGAGUGUGAGGUUUUGUGUCAGGUGGGGAACCCAGAGGAACGGAAACAGAGCAUUGUGGGGUAGUCUCCCCCAACUUCUGAGAGGAAAGGGAUUGUUUUUGUAAGCCUCAGAAGCCUGCUGGGACUGUCACAAGUAGGAGAUGGGAGAUGAGGUCAUUUUGGAGGAUGGGUGGUGGUU